AUGUCCGUAAUCAUUAUAAUAAAAUAUGAUUGUAUUAGAGAAUUCUCAAGAUUGUACUGGGAACAUAUUCAUAGCAGAGAUGAAGCACCUAUUGUUCCCAUAUAUGAUGUCAGCGACCGCAGUGACAUUGAAGAGGGCAUAUCUCUUCCAGUAAAUCUGUUCAGGAGAUUUUUCUCAGAUGAGCUCUUGGAUAUGGUUGUUCAGCAGUCUAAUCUAUAUGCAGUUCAACAAAAUACUAACAAACCAUUAAAUCUAGAUAGGUCAGAGCUAGAACAAUGGUUAGGAUUGUGUAUGAUCAUGUCUGUCAGUAAAAUACCUAAUACGAGAUUGCACUGGUCAAGCUUUACUGUGGGAAGUGAACAGAUCAGUUCAGUUAUGAGCAGAGACAGGUGGGAGGAAAUAAAGGUAAAUUUGCACCUUACUGAUAAUUCCCAAAUAGAUCCAAAUGACAAACUAUCAAAAGUUAGACCUUUACUCGAACACCUGAGAUCCAAAUUCAAAGAAAUCCCCAUGACUGAAUAUCUAUGUGUAGAUGAGCAGAUGGUACCUUUCAAGGGGAAUUCAUCUAUGAAACAAUAUAUUCCUAAGAAACCACAUAAACGUGGAUACAAGAUAUUUGUUUUGGCAGAUGAUAUGGGAAUGGUGUAUGAUUUCAUGCCAUAUGUUGGUAAAAUAGAGCCUGUAAAUAAUCCAAAUGUUCCAGAUCUGAAACCAAGUGCUAACUCGGUGCUCCAUCUUGCUGAGUCCAUACCCCCCUUCAAGAAUCACAAAUUAUAUUUUGAUAAUUGGUUUACCUCCCUCCCUCUCAUAGAUCACUUAGCUUCACGGGGUAUAUGGUGUAGUGGGACUGUUCAACAAAACAGAUUACAAAGCCUGACGUUCAAAUCAGAUAAGCAACUUCAAGCUUAUGGGCGUGGGUCUCAUGAUGAAUGGGAAACAGUGUAUGAGGAUGGUAACAAAAUAACAGCUCUGAAAUGGUUUGACAACAAAGCAGUGCAUCUUGUAUCUACAUUUGCCACUUCAUUCCCAUUCGACAAGUGCACAAGAUUUGACAGAAAAAUAAAAGAAAGAGUAGAAGUUGCUAGACCAUUCAUUGUCAGGGACUACAAUACACAUAUGGGUGGGGUAGAUUUACAUGAUCACUGA